UAGUGACGUCAGUAAAAUGCGCCACGAAGCUUGGAACACCACUCGGUGAACCGCGGGGAGGAGGUGAAGAGAAAAAGCCGCGUUUCUUUUCGGGCUGUUAAAACUCUUUGUGUCCUCGGCUCGUGUCGAGGUUCUCCGUGAAGACGGUGUACGCCUCGUGCUCCCGUCCGCGUCGCGUGACACCGUCCAUCACGAGCCAGCGACAAAAGAACCAACUGAAGAAAAGAAAAACCCGCCUCGAGAUAAUGGUCGCGUGACAGACCGCUCUCCGCUUUCGUAACGGCCGCUCGCUGCUAGCUUCACUUGACAGUUGUUGUUUUGGCCGGCAAAAUAAAACAUGACAACUUUAACGAGGCAAGAUCUCAAUUUCGGACAAGUGGUCGCCGACAUCCUGUGCGAGUUCCUGGAGGUCGCCAUUCAUCUCAUCCUGUACGUCCGCGAAGUUUAUCCCCCGGGAAUAUUCCAGAAGAGAAAGAAGUACAAUGUACCCGUGCAGAUGUCAUGUCACCCGGAGCUGAAUCAAUAUAUACAAGACACACUUUACUGCGUAAAGCCUCUCAUUGAGAAGAAUGACGCGGAGAAGGUUGCGGUGGUCAUCAUGGACAAAGAGCAUCAUCCAGUCGAGAGAUUUGUGUUUGAGAUCUCCCAACCGCCGCUGCUGUCCAUCAGCUCGGACACGUUACUGACCCACGUGGAGCAGCUGCUGCGGGCGUUCAUCCUGAAGAUCAGCGUGUGUGAUGCGGUUUUAAAUAACAACCCACCAGGGUGUUCGUUCACAGUGCUGGUGCACACCAGAGACGCUGCCACACGCAACAUGGAGAAGGUUCAGGUCAUCAAGGAUUUUCCAUGGAUUGUCGCCGAUGAGCAGGAGGUCCACAUGCAGGAGCCAAGACUCAUCCCACUGAAGACCAUGACGUCGGACAUCGUGAAAAUGCAGCUCUACGUGGAAGAGAGAGCCCAGAAAACGUAGGCCUGCGCCGCCGCCGCCGACUCAUCAGUAUAUCACGCCGUCGGAAACCAAACGAAAACCCGACCCAAGUUUUUGUUGAACACAUCAUCAUCCAGAGUGAGAGUGAGAUGUGUGUGUGUGUGUGUUGCGGCUUGGCAUCGAGGGUCGCACGGAGGCAGCAGUCGGACAUCCCAUCAAGAAAGCCACAGAUCGUUUGUCCUCCGCCGGCGGUUCGAUCGCACGCCUCCGCAAAAAUCCGCAUGAAUGCGUUUAGUCCUUUCUUCGCCGCGUCUCGUGUUUCAUCGCUUUCGGUUCUUUGCGGCAGCGGCACGAUCCAAACGUAGCUGCUGCACCGCCACGAUCACACGCCAGCGCAACAGGGUAUCGACUCCAAUGUCGACCACGUCUACGAGCCACAGGUAUCGGUAAACCCCCAGGUGUGCGUGCGUGCGCUCAUGCUUCCAGAUGUUGUCUUUUCACAUCCACAGGGAGGUCAGAGGUGAGGCCCCGUUACACUUUUUUAGGAGUCACUAUAAUGUCACAUUGAGUCAUGGCGUUCAUGGUGUCGACAGUAUUACUGCUCAGAGAUGCAGUGUGAGCUGUGGGUGGUGUGUGUGUGUGUGUGUGUUUAUUUUUGUUUUUUGUCGUAAUGUUUGCCUCCAUUCUUAUGUGACAAAUUCAAAGCUGUUAUGUUGUGACGAAGCAACAGUUGUACUGCUGCUAACUAUGUGAAAAGAACAAAUAUUGAACUGUAAUUAAGAAGAAGUUUUUUUUAAAGUACCACCACUAUAUAAAUAUCUGUGUUGGUGUGUAUUUAAGCAAACACUUUGUCCAAUGACUCUUGGUGGUCAUCCAGUUAUUCUUCAUGGAAUAACCCUCAAUGUAGAUGGUUUAAAGUCUUCAAGGACAGACCCACACACACGCGCCAAAGAUCUAUUACUCUCUGUCCUCCCUGCAGAGUCCUAAAUGUAAGCUGAACAGCCAACAGGAAGCUCUUUUUACAAGUGUUAUACAUGAUUUAGUCCCUACAUGCAUCCCAAUGUUACAUUAAGAUCAGAUGACAUCUGUAAACUGCCUUAUUUUAAAAACCCGGUCAUUUGAUGGGAGCUUAAGUUUUCCCAGACCUCUGAUUCAGUGAACUUACGCCCUAAAGACACCCAGCUGACACCGAGACCAGGACAGCAGCGUGAUGAUGUCAUGCAACAAAGGGCGCAUUGAUAUGACACUCCGUAAUAUGACGAUGUGACUUUUAGGCUUAACUCUUGUGCACUUGCGAGACACUAUUUGAUACUAUUUAAUAUUCAGUCGAGUUUGUCGAUGCCCGGUUGCAACAUUAAAGUUUUAUCAGGGUAAUAAAUACAGUAAAAUGUGAUUUUACAACCAUUUACAUAAAACUUUAAUUUCAUGUACGUAGAAAGUUCUGCGAGCAGAAUAAGAGCAUCCAGCAGAACUGGGCCUUUUCCUUGUUAAUGUAAAUACUGGAUUCAUGUCUUAUCUUAUGAAAGUACAUUCAGGCAAUGCGGAAAACUGCAUUUUUAGUUGUUUUCUGUCGUAGAUCAGAGAAAGAGAACAUCAACAAAAUACGAGAGCUUUAUGAUCGAUCGCUCCACCUCAUCGCAGUAGACUGUGAUCCACGUUCACGUUGAAAUGUAGGAUUUGGGGCUAUACAAAAUAAAUGUAAUUUAAUUGAAAAAGCAAUCAAAUAAAUGUAAUUAGUGCUCAUGGGUCUGAAGUCUUGGAAUGAGAGCUCGGUCGUGGUUCACUGGUUGACUGAGAACAGCCGGUCCAAUAAAUUCAUGAAUCCAUCGGUUACUUUCUGUUUAUCUGCUUCUCUGAUUCUUUCUCGUGAUGAAGGGCCAUGUUAUGCUCUGUGUGGAUUGUUUGUCUCUGCUCAUCAGACCCCGGGUCGACAACACAAACACUGACUCCUUCCCUGAGUGAAAAUGUGAAUUGGUUGAAUAUAAUGUCACUUUUUUCAGGUUGAAUUACAUUUUAACAGUCGGGAGGAAAUCCUGUUUCCUACAUCAGAGGUUAUUGCCACAGUGUUUUUAUUAUGUUAAUAACAGCUUAAUAACAUCGUUGGAACCUGAAGCAGCCGGAGGAAGACUGUCGUUGUGUUGUUGGCUCGGGUGACGGAUGUCAGUUCAAUUAUCAUGAGUAUUGUACACAGCUUUUUUUCAUAAACCCUUUAUUUUUUUAAAGCAUUUUACAACUUAAUACAGUUUAAUAUUUGUAGUUACUAUUUCACAUUGUAUUGCCAUAAUUAGCUCUACCUGACGAUUGCAUGUGUCAUUAUUUUUACUUACUAUCUCAUAAUAAUGAGAUACUAUCUCAUAAUUAUGACUUACAGGAUCCUAAUUUUUUUUCUCAGUCGAGGAAAUGGGCUUCCAUACCUCCACUAGCCCUCUGUGACAAAAAAGAAAAGAAAAAGAAGAAUAUAUGAGAUAAACAAUACUUCAAAUUGUAGCUUGCAGACCACUUGAGAGCAGUGGUGUUUCUACAUUAAGGGCACUGAUCCACCAGAUAACGCUGUUUUCCUGUUGUGUUCGUACUUCGCGGAUUUUUUAUUUUUUAUGCAAAGUAGCGUGAAUAUAUGUGUGAAUAAACUUGAUUUACAAGCAUUA